AUUGAUCUGCCCACAUCAAAUCCCACGUUUGGAUCCGUCUGGUGAUGUUGCCGAGGCAUUUGUUCGGUUGAUGUGGCAGUCUGGUCUCACCUGUCUUCGGCUGUAUUCUGGGCACCUAUAUAAAUCACCCAGCACAGAUUGACAGGAUUGACAGCCAGCCUCUGCCUCCUGUCGCUGCUGGGCGUGCCUUGGUGUGUCUUGCCUCGUCAUCGACAACACUCUUACUCUCAUUCUCACCCUCACCUUCACACUCUCCCCCUAACCCACAUCCUCAACACACUCACAAUGCCACCCCAACCACCACCCCCCAUGACGCCAGACCUGGCCGCCGAGGACCACUACUUCGGCAGCAACCCGCCGCCCAAGGGCCUGGCCGCGCACGAGGCGCUGGCCCGGGCCUUCAUCGACUCGCACCGGGCCGCGGGCCGGCGCGUGGUGCUGGUGACGUCGGGCGGCACGACCGUGCCGCUGGAGCGCCAGACGGUGCGCUUCAUCGACAACUUCAGCGCCGGCACCCGCGGCGCCACCUCGGCCGAGUGCUUCCUCGAGGCCGGCUACGCCGUCGUGUUCCUGCACCGCCAGUUCUCGCUGCUGCCCUACUCGCGCCAUUACAGCCACACCCCGACCGCCUGCUUCCUGGAUUUCCUGCACGAGGAGGAGGAGGGGUCAUCGCAGGACGGCGACGGGGCAGGCACAGGCACAGGCACAGGCACCGGCCGCGUCGUCGCCAACCCCGAGCACGCCGCCCGCAUGCUCGGCGUCCUGCGCAAGUACCGCGCCGCCCGCCAGGGCGACCUGCUGCUCAUGCUGCCCUUCGUCACCAUCACCGACUACCUGUACGAGCUGCGCGCCGUCGCCCGCCUGAUGCGGCCCCUCGGCCCCCGCGGCCUGCUGUACCUGGCCGCCGCCGUCUCCGACUUCUUCGUCCCGCCCGAGCGCAUGGCCGAGCACAAGAUCCAGUCCACCAACGCCCUGGACCCGGAUCCCGGUGCCGCCGCCGCCGCCGCCCCUCCGGCCGCCAAGAAGCGAAAGCAGGACCAGGCCGCCGCCGCCGCCGCCGCCGCCGCCGGUGGCGAGCCACCGCUCCCAGAUGACGACGACGGCGCCCAGGACCCGACAGCGGCUGCGGCCGACGACGGCGAGACGUUUGACAACUUCGACUCGUCCCCCCGCGUCCCCCGCUCCAAGCGCCUGGUCGUGGACCUGGACCCGGUGCCCAAGUUCCUCAAGAACCUGGUCGACGGCUGGGCGCCCCAGGGCAUGAUCGUGUCCUUCAAGCUCGAGACCGACCCGGCCAUCCUGGUCCACAAGGCCCGCUACUCGCUCGACCGCUACCAGCACCACCUCGUCAUCGGCAACCUGCUCGCCACCCGCAAGUGGGAGGUCGUCUUUGUCGCCCCCGCCUGCCCGGACCGCUGGAUCCGUCUGCCCACAGCCGCCGCCGCCGCCGCCGCAGGUUCCCAGGCAACCUCGGCCAGUGAAGAGAGGCCCAUAGACCCGGCCGCGCUGCCCGACGGCGACCCGGACCUGGAGAUCGAGAGCCUCAUCAUCCCCGCCGUGCAGGAGCUGCACUCGAGACAUAUGGAAUCGUACCAGAGCCGGGCGAUGGACACCACUGCCGCGUAAGCCGGCUUCGGUCGGCCCACUUUUCCAUCUUUAAUAUCCCGCCUUUUCCUACCCUCUCCAUACUUCUCUGUAUCAAUCUGGGACGGGUAGAUUUGCUCAUGGGUACAACAUUUUACAUGAAUGAGUGUAAUCUUUGGCCUUGUGAACCAUGAGGGGGGAAAGUGAAGCGGUUUUACACAUCAGUGCCUCGGAACACACCCCAUUUCUUUUUCUAAUUGUAGUCCCGUGACAGUCUGCUCUACAUUCCGCCACGCCCAAAAUGAAAGAUGCGGACUUAUGGUGAGGGGAUUGCGUAUGCUCGGCGGAGGGAGGUCCCUGAUCCUCGGGGGUCGGAGCAAGACGACGACCGAGCCGGUUCUUUGGUCGUGAUGGGCCCCAAAAGAGGCGUGCCGCUGAACCUCCUUCGCGCCUGUCAAACCCCGUCACAUAUCAUCCAGAAUCCAACGCAAGGAUGGCGACAGGCCGGGUGCGAGUAGCCGCAUGAGGAACCGACUGUCCCCCACCCAGGAGUAGUCGGUUGGCGAGGCUUCGAGCUCCUUUGGCUUAGAGAGACUAGCACCGCAGGCGGUUGUGUUGGGGUCGCCAAAGUUGAGUGAGUUGCUUCUGGUCUGUUUGCCAGGGACUGAACUGGCAAGAAUUCUUGUGGCGCCCUCCAACGAACUGGCUAGGCUGCGGUAGCAGGGUAAACACAUGACAGUGGGGUGUGAUGUUGUGUGACUGUCGUCUGGCCGCGUGCCGCAGAUCAACGACCACUGACUGCUGGGGUGGCCAAAUUGUUGGCGACGGCCGAAAGAAAACGGUGGGUGGACAGUGAUUCGGUUGGCAGACCAUGAUUGGUUUAGAGAGUGAUGUUUUACCACCUAUCUGCCAAAAUAUAAAUGCGAAACAGACAACUAAAAAUGACAGUCCAAUCGCCU